UUUAAAGAGAGAGAGGGUGACACUCGAAUAGGAUAUAGAUGCAACGAAGUCAACCACGGAAGCAGCUGCAUGCGCACCACGUGGAAGCAGUACGAAGGUGACACUCAAAUGAGAUAUAGAUGCAACGAAGCCAAUCAUAGAAGUAGCUGCAUGCACCCCACGUGGAAGCAGUCAAGCAGUACGUGUGUAUUGUUCGAUUACUAAAAUCGGACCGCCCAAUUAUAGUCCUUUCAAUCGGUCCGUCCGAUUUAUUCUGCGUAAUCAUCACAAUCCAAUAAAACACCAUAUACCUCUGUAACCAUAUUAUAUACCAAUAAUCACUCCAUAUCAAAAUUAAAAAAACUCUUUAUAUACCCAUAAAUUUACAAAGAUGAAAACUAGGUGCAUGCACCUGAGUUUCCACAUAACAAUUUGGGGUUAAUGCUUUAUAAGUUUAUCUAAUAAUCCCUUGUGUUCACAAGCAGAUUCAAAUCCCGUGUUGUACCAAGGCAGAAACCCUAACAAAAGAACAAAGCUGAAGAGUGAUCGAUCAUGGAGGAGAAGAAGCAGAAGAGCAUUAACGACAUCCUUCCUCUUGACCUGAUUCAAAGAAUCUUACUGAGGAUUCCGGUCAAACAUCUCGGCCGCAUCAAGUGCGUUUCGAAGCUUUGGCACUCUCUCAUUUCCGAUCCACACUUUGCGGAAUCGCAUCUUCACCUCUCUCUUGCAUCCACCCAUGCGUGCAUCCACAAAAAAAACUCCACGGAAGCUUACCUUGUUCACCUAGAAGAAGCAUUCAACGACAAAAAUUAUAAAGUAAGAGAGGUAUCUUUCCCUUUCAAGAAGCCGCCACCUUCUGAGUUUCGUUUGAUGGGAUCCUGCAGAGGGUUUGUUCUCUUACACCAAGAGCCACACUUUUUUGUAGUAUGGAACCCACUCACCGGAUUCAGCAAAAUAGUAUCUUACUCUUGGUUAGAUAUUGUUCAUCGUACUAAGGGCAGGUACUUUAAAUUUUCCGGUAAUGCGAUGCUGUAUGGAUUUGGUUACGAUGCGACACUGGAUGACUACUUAGUUGUUAUAGCUUGGAUGGAUAGUAACUGCCAACUCUUAGAUUGCUUCUCCUUGAAAACCAAUUCAUGGAUUAAUCUUGAUGCUGCAGUCCCCAAACCAUUGGGUCUUACGGAGUGGCGAUCUCGUGGGUUGUUCUUGAAUGGCUCUAUUCAUUGGUUGCCUUACUAUCUUGAAAAACAUCACAGUGAUGGUCUUCUUGUAUUUGAUCUGAAGGAAAGAAGUUUCUCAAAGAUAUCUUUGCCUGAACAACUCAAAAUGCGUGAUGCUGCCACAUUUCUCAUACUAGGAGGGUUCCUAGCCUUGUGUUCUCAGGACUAUGUUGGAUGUAAAACACACAUAUGGGUGAUGAAAGAAUACAAAGUGCAUUCAUCUUGGACUUUGUAUGUGAUUCCUUGUUUAGAGUUUGAGCCUCUAUGCUUAUCCAAUGAUAGUGACGUUGUUGCAGUAAUAUAUAGAUCAUUAAAGUUUGCCAAAUAUAAUAUCAGAAAAGAACUGCUCCAACGUUUUAGAUGUCCUCAUUUUCAACUGCAGACUUACAACUGGACAUGGUGCACUGUAUAUACAGAGAGUCUCUUGCCGUUCCCUAGUAAUAGUAAGCAUAAGGAUAGGAAGAAGAAGAAAAAUGCUAUUUAACUAUUCUGCAUUGUGCAUCAAGUUGUAUUCAGAUCUGAGUUUUGACUAUCCAUGGUGAAACUUGAUUUAUCAAGUGCUUGGGGAAUCAUUAAUCACUGCCUUGCUUUCUAGAGUCUAGUCUUGUGGUGAGGUUUUAGGGUUUAGCUCUUUUUCAUAUCUAAAGCUGUGACAUUUUACUAUGAAAAUCUUAUACAUGCUUCGUUGUUUCUGCU